AUGCGCUGGCUCCGCGCGCUGCUCAAGAACGCGUCCCUGGCCGGGGCGCCCAAGUACAUCGAGCACUUCAGCAAGUUCUCCCCGUCCCCGCUGUCCAUGAAGCAGUUCCUGGACUUCGGGUCCAGCAAUGCCUGUGAGAAGACCUCCUUCACCUUCCUCCGGCAGGAGCUGCCCGUGCGCCUGGCCAACAUCAUGAAGGAGAUCAACCUGCUUCCUGACCGGGUGCUGGGCACCCCCUCGGUGCAGCUGGUACAGAGCUGGUACGUCCAGAGCCUCCUGGACAUCAUGGUGUUCCUGGACAAGGACCCAGAGGACCAGCGCACCCUGAGCCAGUUCACCGAGGCCCUGGUCACCAUCCGGAACCGCCACAACGACGUGGUGCCCACCAUGGCACAGGGCGUGCUCGAGUACAAGGACGCCUAUGGCGACGACCCCGUGUCCAACCAGAACAUCCAGUACUUCCUGGACCGCUUCUACCUCAGCCGCAUCUCCAUCCGCAUGCUCAUCAACCAGCACACCCUGAUCUUUGACGGCAGCACCAACCCAGCCCACCCCAAGCACAUCGGCAGCAUCGACCCCAACUGCUGCAUCUCUGAGGUGGUGAAAGAUGCCUAUGACAUGGCCAAGCUCCUGUGUGACAAGUAUUACAUGGCAUCACCUGAACUGGAGAUCCAGGAGAUCAACGCAUCCAACUCCAAACAGCCUAUUCACAUGGUUUAUGUCCCCUCCCAUCUCUACCACAUGCUCUUUGAACUCUUCAAGAAUGCCAUGCGAGCGACCGUGGAAAGCCAUGAAUCCAGCCUCGUUCUCCCUCCUGUCAAGGUCAUGGUGGCCUUGGGAGAGGAAGAUCUGUCCAUCAAAAUGAGUGACCGAGGUGGGGGUGUCCCCUUGAGGAAGAUUGAUCAACUCUUCAGCUACAUGUACUCCACCGCACCCACCCCCCAGCCUGGCACAGGGGGCACCCCACUGGCUGGCUUCGGGUACGGGCUCCCCAUUUCCCGCCUCUAUGCCAAGUACUUCCAGGGGGACCUGCAGCUCUUCUCCAUGGAGGGCUUUGGGACGGAUGCCGUCAUCUAUCUGAAGGCCCUGUCCACGGACUCGGUGGAGCGUCUGCCCGUCUACAACAAGUCGGCCUGGCGCCACUACCAGACCAUCCAGGAGGCCGGCGACUGGUGUGUCCCCAGCACGGAGCCCAAGAACACAUCCACGUACCGUGUCACUUAG